UUAUCAACCUUCAUCCUAAAUCCCAACCCAUCUCUCUUCUGCCUCCACCCAAACAUCACCAAUGGCUCUCCCGCUGAUUCUCGUAUCGAUCCCCCUCCUCCUCCUCGCCCACCAGCUCUUCCAAAGGCUGCGGUUCAAGCUCCCGCCGGGGCCGCGGGCCUGGCCGGUCGUCGGCAACCUCUACGACAUCAAGCCCGUACGGUUCCGCUGCUUCGCGGAGUGGUCCGGGGCCUACGGGCCGAUCAUAUCGGUCUGGUUCGGGUCCACCCUGAACGUGGUCGUGUCGAGCUCGGCGCUGGCCAAGGAGGUGCUCAAGGAGCAUGACCAGCAGCUGGCGGACCGGCACCGGAGCCGGUCGGCCGCCAAGUUCAGCAGGGACGGCCAGGACCUCAUAUGGGCCGACUACGGGCCACACUACGUGAAGGUGAGGAAGGUGUGCACGCUGGAGCUCUUCUCCCCGAAGCGGCUCGAGGCCCUCCGCCCCAUCCGGGAGGAUGAGGUCACUGCCAUGGUCGAGUCCAUCUUCAAGGACUGCACCAACCCUGAUAAUGUAGGGAAGAGCCUGCCGGUGAAGAAGUACCUGGGGGUGGUCGCCUUCAACAACAUAACGAGGUUAGCGUUCGGGAAGAGGUUCGUGAAUGCCGAGGGCGUGAUGGACGAGCAGGGCCUCGAGUUCAAGGCGAUCGUGUCCAACGGGCUGAAGCUCGGCGCGUCCCUCGCCAUGUCGGAGCACAUCCCGUGGCUCCGCUGGAUGUUCCCGCUGGAGGAGGAGGCCUUCGCCAAGCACGGCGCGAGGAGGGACCGCCUCACCCGGGCCAUCAUGGAGGAGCACACGAUCGCCCGCCAGAAGAGCGGGGCCAAGCAGCACUUCGUCGACGCGCUGCUCACCCUCAAGGACAAAUACGACCUCAGCGAAGACACCAUCAUAGGACUCCUCUGGGACAUGAUCACGGCAGGGAUGGACACGACUGCUAUUUCAGCGGAGUGGGCGAUGGCCGAGCUGAUCAAGAACCCGAGGGUUCAACAGAAGGCCCAAGAGGAGCUCGACCGUGUCGUCGGGUUCGAGCGCGUGAUGACCGAGUCCGACUUCUCCAGCCUCCCUUACCUCCAGUCCGUCGCCAAGGAGGCGCUCCGGCUGCACCCUCCGACCCCGCUGAUGCUCCCCCACCGUUCCAACACCCAUGUCAAGAUCGGCGGCUAUGACAUCCCCAAGGGGUCGAAUGUCCAUGUGAACGUGUGGGCCAUCGCCCGCGACCCGGCUGUCUGGAAGAGCCCGCUCGAGUUCAGGCCCGAGCGGUUCCUCGAGGAAGACGUGGACAUGAAGGGCCACGACUUCAGGCUGCUCCCGUUCGGCGCGGGCAGGCGCGUGUGCCCCGGGGCGCAGCUCGGGAUCAACCUGGUCGCGUCCAUGCUGGGCCACCUGUUGCACCACUUUGUCUGGACUCCGCCACAAGGGAUGAAGCCGGAGGAGAUCGACAUGUCCGAGAACCCCGGGCUGGUCACGUACAUGAGGACGCCUUUGCAGGCCGUGGCCACGCCUAGACUACCCUCGGAACUGUACAAACGCGUGCCGUAUGAGAUGUAAUUUCCCCUCUAAUUGUUUUAGAUUUUCGGGAUUUUUGAACUUUCUGAUAAUGUUGUAAUUUGGAAGUUGCUAUCGUCGUCGAUUCAUGAACCUGAAGAUGGUUUGAAUAACGCGAUUUACGAUCUUGGAAAA